AUGGCGGAUAUCAAGAUCGACGGCAAGCUCUUCCAGGAGCGCAUCAAUCACUUCGUCAAUGCCUGGAAGACCGAUAAACGCGCCGGCGAUGCCAUCUUCAACGGCGUCUCCUCAAUCGUCGUCAUGAUGGGCAAGGUCGAGGAGAACCCCGAGUUUCACAAGAACAAUGCCACACAUUUCUGGUUGCUAGGUUACGAGUUCCCGACCACCCUGAUGCUCUUCACCCUCGACUGCCUAUACAUAGUCACAACCGCCAAGAAAGCCAAGCAUUUGGAGUCGCUGAAAGGAGGACGGUUUCCCAUCGAGGUCCUGGUUAGAGGCAAGGACGCCGCUGUGAACGAGAAACAGUUCCACAAGAUCGCCGAACACAUCAAUGCUGCGGGCAAAAAGGUUGGUGUGCUCACCAAAGAUACGUCUAAGGGACCGUUCGUCGACGAGUGGAAGAAGGUCUUUGCCGACAAAUGUGGCGAUGCCGAACAAGUCGAUAUCUCCGUUGCCCUAUCCACCGCCGCCUUCUCCGUGAAGGACGAGACCGAGCUGCGAACGAUGCGAACUGCGUCCAAGGCCUGCGUCGCGUUGAUGAACCCGUACUUCUUGGACCAGAUGUCCGACAUAUUGGAUCAGGAAAAGAAGGUGAAGCACAGCACGCUUGCCAACAAGGUUGAUUCUAGGCUCGACGAUGAAAAGUGGUGGAAGUCGGUCCAGCUACCUAACAAGCAGCGCCUCCCAUCAGACUUCGAUCCUUCUUCGUUGGAUUGGUACCUUGGCCCUGCUGUGCAAAGCGGUGGCAAAUACGACCUGAAGCUCCAGGCAGAGGCCACCGACGGUAACCUUCAUGCCGGCAUUAUCAUUGCCGGCAUGGGUCUUCGAUACAAGUCCUAUAGCUCCGUGAUCGCGCGAACCUUCCUAGUCGACCCCAACAAGGCUCAAGAAUCCGCCUACAAGACUCUCCACACCGCUCACAACAUAGUGUUGAAGGAGAUGAGGGAUGGUGCCGUGGCUAAGGAUAUCUACCACAAGGCUCUUAGCCAUAUCAAGUCGAAGAAGCCCGAUUUGGAGAAGCACUUCGUCAAAAAUGUUGGGUCGGCCAUUGGCAUUGAAAGCAGAGAUCCGACACUUGUUCUGAACGGCAAGAAUUUGCGAACGCUGAAGGACGGCAUGACUUUCUCCAUCACCACCGGUCUCACGGAUAUCGAGGACCCCUCGCCCCAAGACAAGCUGAGCAAAACAUACUCCCUCGUCAUAACCGACACCAUUCGAGUGACCAACGGCGAGCCAGUCAUCUUCACCGGUGAUGCCCCUACCGACCUCGACGCAACCUCGUUCUUCUUCAAGGAUGAUGAGGAGAUGCAACCGACGCCGAAGAAGGAGAAGAAGGAUUCCAAGGUUGGCGCUGUGGCCGCGAAGAACAUCACUAACACCCGUCUUCGCUCGGAGCGUUCAACACAAGUGAACGAGGACACGGAGAAGAAGCGACGAGAACACCAGAAAGAACUUGCGGCCAAGAAACAAAAGGAAGGCUUGAUUCGAUUCGCCGAGUCGACUAGUGGUCAAAAUGGCACAGAGGCGAAGAAGUUCAAGAAGUUCGAGUCUUACAAGAGGGACAACCAGCUUCCCCUGAAGGUCAAGAACCUUGAGAUCCUCGUCGACCAGAAGAAUCAGACCGUCGUACUUCCAGUCAUGGGACGACCGGUCCCCUUUCAUAUUCACACGAUCAAGAAUGCCAGUAAGAACGAUGAAGGAGAAUGGUCCUAUCUGAGGAUCAACUUUCUAUCACCGGGUCAGGGAGUCGGUAGAAAGGAUGACCAGCCAUUUGAGGACGCUUCGGCCCAUUUUGUUAGAAGCUUGACCUUUCGUUCUCUCGACGGUGAUCGGUACGAGGAGAUCGCGACCCAGAUCUCCAACAUAAAGAAGGAGUCCUCCAAGAAGGAGCAGGAGAAGAAGGAUAUGGAGGAUGUCGUUGAGCAAGAGAAACUCGUCGAGAUCAGAAAUCGCCGGCCGCCUGUCAUGGACAAUGUGUUCAUUCGUCCUGCGAUGGAGGGCAAGCGUGUCCCUGGCAAGAUCGAGAUUCACCAGAAUGGUAUUCGAUAUCAAUCGCCGCUUAGCACGCAGCAGAGAGUCGAUGUGCUGUUCUCCAACAUCCGUCACCUCUUCUUCCAGCCAUGCGAUCACGAGUUGAUUGUAGUAAUCCACCUGCAUCUCAAGGAUCCCAUCCUUAUUGGCAACAAGAAGAAGACGAAAGAUGUCCAAUUCUACAGAGAAGCGACGGAUAUUCAGUUCGACGAGACCGGCAACCGAAAGCGAAAGUACCGGUACGGCGAUGAAGAUGAGUUCGAAGCCGAGCAGGAGGAACGCCGGCGGAGAGCUGAGUUGGACCGCCAGUUCAAGAGUUUCGCCGACAAGAUUGCCGAUGCCGGCAAGAACGAGAACGUGGAGGUAGACAUGCCACUUAGAGACCUUGGUUUCCAUGGUGUUCCCUUCCGAAGCAAUGUCUACAUCCAGCCCACUACAGACUGCCUCAUCCAGGUUACGGAGCCACCCUUUAUGGUCGUUACGCUGGAGGACAUCGAGAUUGCUCAUCUUGAGCGUGUGCAGUUUGGCCUCAAGAAUUUCGAUCUCGUUUUCGUCUUCAAGGACUUUACUCGGCCACCGUUCCAUGUCAACACCAUACCAGUCGAGUCCCUAGAAGACGUUAAGGAGUGGCUGGAUUCAUCCGAUAUCGCCUACAGUGAAGGUCCCCUAAACCUGAACUGGCCCACAAUCAUCAAGACGGUGACGGCCGACACCCACCAGUUCUUCGCUGAUGGAGGUUGGUCGUUCCUCCAGAAUGAUAGUGAUGAUGAGGAUGGCGAUGAGUCGGAAGAGGAGUCUGCCUUUGAGAUGGAUGAGUCUGAGCUUGAAGUAGCUAGCGAGUCCAGCGAGGAGGGUUCGGACUUCGACAGCAACGCGUCAGAAGAAGCCAGCGAGGAGGGCUCAGACGACGAUGACGAAGGCGAGGAUUGGGAUGAAUUGGAGAAGAAGGCGAAGCGAAAGGAUCGCGACGCCAGUCCCGAAGAGGAAGACCGCAGCCGCAGCAAGAAGAGAAAACACUAA